AAUAACUAUAUUGUAUUAAUUUAGUGAUAUGAUGUGUUAAUUGUUAAUUUUUAAUAUUUUUAAACAAAACUUUAAAAAUAUUUUAUCAUAAUUUUCUAGUUAACGGUUCUUCAUAUUUAUUUACAAAUAAUAAUUACUCGGGGAAACAUAUGUCGUUUUUUAUGGUUUUUUUAAUAAGUUUGAUGAUUACUUCAAUUUGUUUGGGUCGUUGUGGCUGUAUUCCGUAUCACUAUUUCGACAACGGCGCCUCAGAUGUGGUAAACUUGGGCAUUUGUGGGCAGUCGAACGUCAACGGCCUUAAAACACUAUUUAAAGAAGUUUCUGAAACCAAAUCAACUGUAAUGAAUCUCCCUACACGUGGUCUGUUUUACCCAGAUGACAUGUUUUUUACGAAUUGGGCUCCAAGAGUUCUCACAACAGAUUGUUCAGAAAAACAGUCAUCGGUGACGACUCCAUCGGGUUCUAUUUUUAAGUACACUACAGAGAUAACAAAAAAUUAUGAAAAAACAAAAAUAUUACUAACAACUGUCAGCCAAAAAAAUUCAUCAUACGCCCAAAAUUCAUCGCUAGGCAAUAAAAAAACAACAUUAAGCUUGAAAAAUUCGCCGUUUGACCGGCAUAAAUUUACUCGAGGACAUCGAAGGUCCACUCGUACACGUCUUCAAAAGACUACGGUCGAUGGACAAAAGUUCUCCGCGGAUGCCGUACAAAUGUCAACCAAAGUUCACUUGCAAAAUUCCUCACGAAAACUACAGAAGUCGUCGCGUGAAAAGUCAACAACCCUCCGUAAAUCGACACGUAGAUCUAAGAAAUCGUCGGCAAUCCAUCAAAAAGUUGUUGAGAAGUCCAAUGUCGCAGCAACCACUCCAUCUUUCUUCGACUACUACGCAGAUGAUGGCGAAGAUACGACUAUAAAUUAACUUCGUGAAAAUUUUUACUGGUUAGAUGUUGCCAAUAUAUAAUUCACUAUAUACUAGUACGUAUACCGUGCCAUGUUGUACAUUUAUUAUUAUUAUAAUUAAAUAUAUUGUAUUGGAUAAACCAUUAUUCAAUUAUUACAGCA